UCAGUCCUCAGUUCAACUCCAUUCACCGUUGAAUUAAGACCUGCGCGUUGUUACUCGGUUAUUAUUUCGACUAAAAUACUAUAUGUACUAUCUAAUAACUGUUAUCACUAUUUAAUAAUUUAUUAAAUCGAUAUUAUUAAUACCAGUGAUUAUUAAAAAAAUUUAUGAGAGAAAAAUAUUAAUUAUAUAUAUUGUUUAUUAUUCGGUUAAUAAAAAUCAUAUAAUUUGAAAAGUGAAUUGUCAAAUGGAAUUUAUUCAUGUGAAGUGAUUAAUUAUUUAAGUUUUUAAUUUGCAAUGUGCAUAAGGUCAUAAAUCAAAUAUUUUAAACACACGAGAUUAGAGUUUCCAUACAAUGAAUAGUGCAACGUAUACUUCUUCCUGUCCGACAUUACAGUCAAAUCUGUCCCUUCACAGCUCGUCUUACUACAGUGAGUACGGUAAUACAACACAACGAAGACGAUUGUCAUCAACAGGUGAAGCAGACACAUCAGCCACGUCAAGUUACGAGGGAAGUGAAGGCAGUUCGGAGAAUAACGAUGAAAAUCGGCUGGAACCAGUCACACAGCUUGAACGAGAACAACUUGAAACUUUCUUCCGUGGAUUAAAAUCACAGGUUUUUGUUUGCGAGUCUCUCGCAAAUUUAUAUCUUGGAAGCGCAACUCAAAGUGAACGAUGGGAUCUACGGUUUACUGGUAUUCCAGUAGUGGUUUUAGAUCUGGGUGAAACACGAUCUCGUUCUAAACGACGUAUACAAAUUUUACUCGCAGAAAGAGGUACUUGUUUCACUUUAUGGCGUGAAACUAUCGACAAUUUAUCGUCUUACAAGGUAUCUGGACCAGCUUUCCAUACCAUGUGUUUAUCAUCUGAUCACACACGCUUAGCGGGAUUAAGUUACGACAAUUCAAAAGCUGCGAAUGAUCUUUGGCAGCAUAUCGAACGUCUUGUUUCUUGUCCAGAAAAUAUAAGUCUUUCAGUGCCCGGCAAGAAGAAAAAGAAACAGCCGCCGGCUAAAAAAUUUGUUUUACCAGCGAAAAGUAACAUCAGUCAGCCUUGUCAGUUUCAACACAUAACGAGUGUCGACGCCACUGAUCGAUCGCGAUAUUUUUCGCUGCAAACUCUUGUUCCAGCAUUAAAUCAACUUAAACAUUCUAUUGAACCAACUAUUUAAGUUAUUAAUUGAUUUAUUAUUAAAUAUUAUUAAUUAUUAAUUAUUAAUUAUCAAUUACUCACAAACCCAGAGAUUUAAUUAUAAAUUUGAAUUUCCAAUUUAGAUGAUAACUUUAAAGUUAUAAUUUGAAUAAAAAAAUGUGCAAGGAGAGAAAAUAAUGGUAACUGUUUCUAAUACGUUUAUGAGAUACCAACCCAUAGUGCUAUGGUAACUAUUAUCAUGCAAUAUGGUAACUAAUACCAGACACCAUGGUAACUAUUAUCAUACAUUAUAGUAACUAUUACCCUACAUUAUAGUAACUACUACUAUACACCGUGGUAACUAUUACUAUAUAUUAUGGUAACUAUUACCAUACAUUAUGGUAACUACUACUAUACAUAGGGUAACUAUUGCCAUAUACUAUAGUAACUAUAACCAUACAUCAUGGUAAAUAUUACCAUGAACUAUGGUAAUUGCUACCAUGUAUUAUGGUAACUAUUGCCAUACAUUAUAGUAACUAUUACUAUACAUUAUUGCAACUACUACCAGGCACCAUGGUACCUAUUAACAUACAUAUAGUAAUUAUUACUAUACACUAUGGUUACUAUUAUCAUACAUUAUGGUAACUAUUACCAGACACCAUGGUAAUUCUUACUAUACAUUAUGGUAACUAUUACCAUAAAUUAUGGUAACUAUUACCAGACACUAUGGUAACUAUUACCAUACAUUAUAGUAACUAUUACCCUACAUUAUGGUAACUACUACUAUACACCGUGGUAACUAUUACUAUAUAUUAUGGUAACUAUUACCAUACAUUAUGGUAACUACUACUAUACAUUAGGGUAACUAUUACCAUAUACUAUAGUAACUAUAACCAUACAUUAUGGUAACUAUUACCAUGAACUAUGGUAAUUGUUACCAUGUAUUAUGAUAACUAUUACCUUACAUUAUAGUAACUAUUACUGUACAUUAUUGCAACUUCUACCAGGCUCUAUGGUAACUAUUACCAGACACCAUGGUAAAUAUUACCAUGCAUUGUGGUAAUUAUUAACAUGCAUUAUAGUAAUUAUUACCAUGCAUUAUGGUAACUAUUACCAUGCAUUAUGGUAACUAUUACUUGUAUCGGUGCCAUUUCUAUGACCGACAUUCUAAAAAAACCUAUUACCCUACAACAUGGGAAUCAUCCUCAUAAUAAAUUGUAAUUGUUACCAUAAAUUUCUCUCCGAGUAAUUUCUUUGUAAAUUUAUUUUAUAUGAAACUUGCAUUCAUUUUUUGUACUGUUUUAUAUAAAUUUCCUUUUGAAAUUCAUUUUGAAACAGAGUUUUAAAUAAUAUUCUUUGUAACGUAGUCUUCCAUAAAUUAUCGAGUUUUCAUUAUAAUAUUUGAAAUAAUACAAUAGCAUAACAGCAAACUCAAUCAUACGAACUGAUUAUAUAAUAAAUUUUUUCUAUGUUUACAAUUUGAAUAUUUGAAAAUAAAAUCAUAAAGUCUGGGUUUUAACGAAUUAAUAUUAAUAGUAAUUACGAUUAAAUAACAAGAAUUACCUUAUAAACAUACAUAAAUAAAUAUAUCUCUUUUCUUUGAGUAAUUACGGUGUUAUCUCACAAAUUACAAUAGUAGUGUAAUGUUGUGCUUUCAUGUGACAAAUGUUAGCAAUCUUAGAUAUAUGUAGUAGUUUCUGUAAUUAAAAAUAAUAAUAAUGCACAACAUAACGAGACUAUUCGGUAAUUAUACAAAAGUACUUCAUUUAUUUUUGGGUGUAAAAAAUCGAAAUAUUAAUACUUUUGAUUUUUUCUUUUUUUUCAUAGAGACGAAAUAAUAAAAAUAUCUCGUACUCAAAAAUUCAGUUUUCAAGUAUUUUCAUAAAAAUUUUUGUAUAUUUUUUUUUGUCACUAAUUAGAUAAUUAAUUUAUCUACUGAGUGUUUCAAUUUGAAAACCGCAAUUUUGAAUUUUUCAAAUUAUUAUUUUAUAAAAAAUAAUUUUCUAAUUUUUAAUUUUGAUUUUUUAUUAAUCAAAUUUUGAAAUUAUGAUGCAGUAAAUAUUAUUUUUACAAAAUAUUUAUAUUACUCUGUAGAAAAAGAGGUGUUAAAAAUGGACUCAAUUUUACACCGCGCAGUGUUAAAAUGAAAUAACAUCGGUGUAGGCGGUGUAAAAAAAAAAUUCUAUGUAUAGAAAUUAGAAAAAAAAAUGUAUUUCAGAUAAAAAAAAUACAAAAAUUUAAUGAACGUUAUCUGGAGAAAAUUUCAAUUUUGUUAUGUAUGUAUUUAAUAAUUAUUAAUGUUAUACGUAAUUUAUUUACAAAUUACACAAUUUUACGCCCACUUUUUCAAUCACCGAUAAUUUAAUUAAUUAAUAAAAAUACUAUUUAACUCUAGCGAUGGAGUACGUAGUAAAAAUAUUCACAAAGUAAAAUUUUUCAACACCGAAAAAUAUUUUAACACCGGUAAUUAAUAUUUACACUCGCGGCGGUGUUAUUUUAACACCACUUUCAGUGUUAAAAUUUAACACCUACACCGCCUGGACACCCCGGUUUUUUUUACAGUGUAAUAAUUUCAAAAAACAGUAUUUUAAAAAUUGAACACCGGGUAGAUAAUAAUUAAAAAAUUCGUUAUCUAAAUUAGAACAUUUUCUACACCCAAAAAUAGUCAGAGCAGUAAAGUAUAAUUAUCAUAUUUAUAAUUAAAUAUGGUGCAAAAUAUGUAUGUUAUUAAAAUUUAACUCAUACAUUUAACAAGCGAAUUGAUGAACGUAUCUGGGUCUCAUAUAUAAAUAUCUAUAUAUAUAUAUUGGCACACUUGUGCCGUUGAAUUGAAUUACAGCAGACUGAUGAUAUGUCUAUAUAUUAUUGUCUAUAAUUAAUUAAUAUCACAUCUCAUUAAUAAUUAUUGAGUAUCAUUAUUAUCAUGGUCAAUAAUAUUAAUAUAAUUUAUUAACUUUAAAAAAAUUUAAGCAGAAAAAUUUAUAUAUAUAAACAUAUAUAUUUGCUGCGUAAUUUUUCCAUUAAAAAUAAUUGAUGACGCAUAAAAAAAUAACGUUUUCCAUCCAUAUGAAUGAAUGUUAUUAUCCAUUAAAAUGACAUAUAUCUAUAGAUAUAUAAAUAAAAUAUAUUUAUGAUUAAAAAUAAUAAAUUAUAAAUGUUAGAAUGAUGAAAAAAAUUAAAAGAUUAACAAGUUUCUCUUCUUCACAGUAGAUAAUUGUUGAGUAAUUUGUUCAUCUAUGACUGUGAUAUGAAUAUAUUUUUGUCGUUAUAUUCUGUAUGGAAUCAUACUUAUAAACAUUAUAGUAUAUAAUAAUAGUGUAUAAUCUGUAGAUUGUAGUUCUUUAAUUAGUUUAUUUAAUUAUAACUUUAUUGUUAAUCUGUUAAAGUAAUAAAUAAAUAUAUUAGAAUACAAA